GCUUUGGGAAGUAACAUUAAAACCCUAGACUCUCUUUGUUACUCAGUUUCUCUCUCUCUUUCAGCAUCAUCGUUUUGUUCCUCCGCCUUCUUCCUCCAUUGAAGCAAACCCUCGAAGUAGACUCUCUCUCUAAAUCAGUAAUUAUGAGGCCAAUCUUGAUGAAAGGUCAUGAGAGGCCUUUGACAUUUCUCAAGUAUAACAGAGAAGGUGAUCUUCUCUUUUCAUGUGCAAAAGAUCAUACGCCGACUGUCUGGUUUGCUGAUAAUGGUGAGCGAUUGGGUACCUACAAAGGACAUAACGGAGCCGUUUGGUGUUGUGAUGUAUCUAGGGACUGCAGGUGCCUUAUUACAGGAAGUGCGGAUCAGUCAGCAAAGCUGUGGGAUGUUCAAACUGGAGCCGAGCUCUUCACCUUCAAAUUUGAUUCUCCAGCUAGAGCUGUAAAUUUUGCAGUUGGGGAUAAGCUUGCUGUGAUCACUACGGAUCCUUUCAUGGAACUCACUUCGGCCAUACAUGUGAAAACGAUUUCUAGUGAUCCACAUGAACAGACCGAUGAAGCUCUGCUUACAAUUAAGGGACCCAAAGGAAGAAUCCAGAAUGCUGUGUGGGGACCCUUGAACAAGACUAUAAUCAGUGCUGGUGAAGAUGCUGUCAUCCGCAUUUGGGAUUCGGAGACAGGAAAGCUGCUCAAUGAAUCAAGCAAAGAAAUCGGUCAUCAGAACACUGUUUCUUCACUAUUUAUGUCUGAAGAUGGCUCGCACUUCCUAACUGGUUCUUUAGACAAAUCUGCUAAACUUUGGGACUCGCGGACCUUGACACUUAUCAAGACUUAUGUGACGGAACGUCCAGUUAAUGCUGUUGCAAUGUCUCCACUGCUUGACCAUGUGGUUAUUGGAGGUGGUCAAGAUGCAUCUUCCGUCACCACAACUGAUCGUCGUGCUGGGAAGUUUGAGGCAAAAUUCUUCCACAAGAUUCUUCAAGAAGAAAUUGGUGGUGUAAAAGGACAUUUUGGUCCGAUUAAUGCGUUGGCAUUUAACCCUGAUGGAAGAAGUUUUACAAGUGGGGGAGAAGAUGGUUAUGUUAGGCUGCAUCAUUUUGAUCAGGACUAUUUCAAUAUCAAGAUGUAGAUCAUCAUCCGUGGAUCCAUGCCGUCUUGUUUUGAUACUGGGAGUAUCCCUUCCUUUUGAAUUUUUGAAUGUCUAUGUUGUGUCCUAUCUAAGAUAUUAGUUCUAUGUAAUAUUAGCUGCAUUUUAACUUGUGUGGAUUUAUAGAUCUAGUUGACCUAUACAGGGCUGUGGUUAGACUUAGUGAAAUUGGCAAGGGUAUGUGCCAAAGAAUUGCCAGCCUUCUUGAUAAAAUUGGACUUGGACUUCAGAGAAUUUAUCUAUCAACUGUCUAAUUUGAAGGAUCCGGGGAGAAUUCCCAGGCA